GCCCUCGAUCCCGGUCUCUGUUCUUCACAUUGUAUCUAGCUAUGAUAUUAUCUUUCUGAUUUCACAUUUCAUCACCUUCACAAAAUCAUGCUAUGACAUAAACUUUCGUCUGUAUAUAAUACCACAUCCUCUCUCAUAAUGUCUCACGAAAUGUCCUUUAUGGGCCAUCGGGCCUUCAAUCAUGACCAAAGUGCCGACGCAGAAGCCGAAUACGACCGCCUCCGCGACCUAGCCCGGCAAGAAGCCGCAAAGCGCAACUCAUGUUUCCAACGGAGCCAGGAAGCGUACUCAAACGGGGACGGCGCCCUAGCCAAAGAACUCUCCGAAAAGGGUAAAGCGCACGGCCGCAAAAUGGACGAGUACAACAAGCAAGCGUCCGAGUUCAUCUUCCGCGAGAAUAACGCCGACGGGCGCGUGCCGGCCGACACGAUCGAUCUGCAUGGGCAGUUCGUCGAGGAGGCGGAGGAGAUUCUCGAGCAGAGGAUCAAAUAUGCCAAGGCGCAUGGGCAGACUCAUCUCCAUGUCAUUGUCGGAAAGGGAAACCACUCCGCCAACCACGUGCAGAAGAUCAAGCCGCGGGUUGAACAGGUCUGUCGCGAGCUGGGACUGCAGUAUGCCACCGAGGAGAACGCGGGUCGGAUAUAUGUGAAUCUCACCGGGGCCCCGCGGAGAUGCCGCCCUCCACUGGACAUGGACAUGGCCAUGGGCAGAGUUACGGACAUGGCCAGCAGCCGCAUCAGCAGUACCCCGGUCAACAACCGCAUCACCAACAGCAGCAGGGUGGGCAGCAGCAGGACGAGAUUGAACAGGUGGUCAAUGCGAUACUUCCCCGAGUGCUGCGCAAGCUCGAGAAGGCUUGCUGUACGAUUAUGUGAAUGUCUCUUGGUGGCUAUAUUCAUGGGUAUGGCGUGUAUAAGAUAUGAUUUGGAGGCUAUAGUACAGUAAUGUUUCGUGGCUAUUUUGGGUUGAGAUACCUACCUACACUAGAAGGUCAAAGAUAUCAUGAUGCAAGAGAUUACAAUGAACGAAUGCAUGCUCACUCGAAAAGGCAAACUCAGUUAUAUAGAUUCUGCAUUAGAGUCAAUCUGUCU